UGCAUCGAUUAGUCCGGUCUGCGCAUAGAGAGGACGCGUCUCGCAGGCGGAAGUUCACACAGCAUCAUCAGUGGCAAGAUGGUGGCCACCAGGAGAGGAACGAGCGUGGGCUCCCCUGUGAAAAAUAGUAGCGAUGAAAACUCUGGAGCCACGCAGCCUUCUCUUUCGGCCAGAAGAACACGGCACAGAACGCUAAUGGAGGAAAACCAGUACCAAGCUGAAAUUACUGGCGACAGUACCACCUCUUCCUUAGCAGCAAGUCCGCCCAAGCGAGACACGAGAAGAUCCACUCGUCUCCUUGCUGACAAAAAGCAGCCUGACUCUACCCAUGAAGCUGAUGUGUCUGAGUCAGAAUCUUGCUGCUCUGUAGUUUCUGAUGUACAAGCAACUCCUAGAACCCGACGGAGAACUGUGGUCAGGGAGAAGCGCGCUGAACAGGAUGAGGUAUCUGAAGCCGAAUCCUGCUCAUCUACAGUUUCCGCGACCCGUUCUCGUAGAGCCCCUCGCAGCCUGAGGAAAUGUGUUCUGACUUCAGCGGCCUCAAAGGAUGCCGAAAAGGUAGAUGACGAUGAUGAUCCCUCAGGGGCCGAGUCCUGUAGUUCUGCAGUAUCUGUCACAAAAGUAACGGACACUCAUCGGAUAACGAGGAGCCAUCGGAAGACUGCUGUUCCUACAACAGAAGCAGAUCCAUUUGAUCCAGAUUCAUGCUCCUCCAGUGUUUCCGGCCUUCGUGGCUCUGUGGUCCGCAGAUCUGCACGAAACCCGAGAGUAAAAGUGAUCGAGCCAAUCCCUUUGAGCUUAGAGGAAACCACAGACACCCCUUCUUCUCCAGUACCCAGGAAGCUGAGAGAUCGUAGGCGCAAAACAGCUGCUGAAGAUGAUGAAUACGACUCUGAUGGAUGCAAGUCCGGUCCCAGCAUGAGUCCCUGGAGAUCCACAAGGCGUCAAGCCAAACUCAAAACUGAAUCCGAUUCAGAAUCGGUAGCUACUGACGUCUGCACCUCUCAGGGGAGCCCAAGCCCUCAGAGAGGAAGAGGGACUCCUUGUAGUAGCCGAACCGGGUCUGCCAGUAGUGCCCGUGCGGUUCCUGUAACCAGGACAAGAAGUAAAGCAAGAUUGACUAAUGAUGUUGGUGACACUGCUGCUGCCAUGCCUGAGGAACAGAAAGAGGGUGAGGAGCAUGAACUUAUUCCAGUCCUUGAUGGAGAUAAGGCUGAAGACACAGUAGAUCAACUGGACAGCACCAUGACCACGGACACCAGUGAAGCCCUACAAUGCACCAUGAUUGAGGAGAAAGCUGAAGAUACCACUAUAGUUCUUGAUCAGGAUGAGCCCAUCGAGAUGCUAGAACCUCAGAGCAGCAUGCAAGACAUCAAGCCAGUGGAGGACCAUGGAACCGCAACUCUGACGCCUCAGGAAGAACCAGGGGCUGAAACUUCUGUUACACUAACUGAAGAUAGAGAAGAACCUGGUGAUGUUUCCAUUGAAAAUAAUGCUCAGAGAUGUUCUGAACCUGUGAAGGAGGAUACGGUAGAAGCCGCCCCAAAAGAUCUUAUACCAGUUGUAGUUGAGGAGCAUGAGGAAAUGGUCGAGUGUGAGAAGAAAGGUGUAAUAGUUACUGAGGAAGCUACUGACACUGUUAAGACAACUGAGGACGACUCUGACCUUGAAGGCCCUUCUACAAGCUCACGUACUCGAGCAAAUUUGACCACCACAGUGGAAACUUCUAAGAAACCUCCUCCCCAGAAAGAAAUGAUCAGUUUACUUGACAGCAGUGAGGAUGAAGAUAGUGCUGAUGAAGGUCUGCCUUCAGAGGAGGAGGGAUGUUCACAAGAAGAUGUGGAGAGUGAAGACCAUGUGAUGUCAGAAGCAGAGGCUCAUGGUAAUGGACUGUUUGUCAUAGACACUAGACCUGGACGACAGCCUGAUGAACAGUACUAUGUUGAUGCCAAGCGAACAGAGGAAGAGGAUGAGGAUGAUUUUGUUGACGAAGAGGGAGAGGAUGAUGAAGAUGCCGAUUCAAAAGUGCUCUUCACUCCCAGAAAGCCUCUGAUGCAACUAUCUAGUUCCAUUGACACAGGUCUGAAAAUGAAGGAACUUGGUGGUUUGUACAUCAGUUUUGAUGGUAUUAAGCCGAAGAAUCUUACCAACAUUUCAAAAACCCAGAAGAACCUGAACAAUCAGGAUGAGUUGCUGAAGAAGAGUGUUAUCGUUCCGGAUUUUGAGAAGAAUGAUGCUGUGCCACCUUACAAGGAAUCAAAGAAUGCUGCUAAACUCAAACGCAAGGCGGAAAGAGAAAAGACAUCUGGCGAUGGCUGGUUCAACAUGAAAGCUCCUGAAUUAACAGAAGAGCUCAAAAAUGACCUCAAGGCACUGCAGAUGCGCUCAGCCAUGGACCCAAAGCGCUUCUACAAGAAGAAUGACAGAGAAGGAUUUCCCAAAUACUUUCAGGUUGGUACAGUGGUUGACAGCCCGGUAGACUUUUAUAAUUCACGAAUCCCCAAGAAACAAAGGAAAAGGACCAUUGUGGAGGAGCUUCUUGCUGAUGCAGAGUUUAGAAGCUUUAAUAAAAGGAAAUAUCAAGAGAUCAUGACAGAAAAGGCGGCACAGGCCUCUGGCAAGACGAACAAAAAGCACAAGUUCCAUAAAAAGAAAAUGAAUAAAUAAUUUCACAAGGCAAAUCUGAAUUUUUUUUUUUUCAUCUGUUUUUUUAACAGGACUUGUUAGCCUUUAUAAAUGCGAUAAAUGAUUAAAAGUAUUUGUAAUAAUCCACUGAAAUUAAAAAAAUAUUUAGUUGCCUUGUAAGUUAAAAACAUGCAACUUGUACAGAGAAGUGAUUUUAUACUUUUUAAGGUUUUUCCUCAAAUGAAUUGUGAUUGAAAGACUGAUUGAUUACAGCUCUCCAACUGUGGAUUCACAAUAAAUCAGGUCCAAACCAAA